AAUCUCCAAACCCCACCUGGCCGCCCUAUUGUGUCCGGUGGUGACACCAUCACUCAGAACGGUAGCCUCUAUGUAGAUAAAAUUCGGAGGCCAUUUGUUGAAAAAUUACCGUACUAUGUCAGGGUCACCAAACAAGCCCUGUCUCUGCUGAGCAGUCUCCAGGUACCACCUUCGGCCAAACUGUGUAGCUUAGAUGUGGAGUCCCUCUACUCCUCUAUCCCACAUCACAGAAAGGAAUAG